GGGAGGAGAACGAUAUUCCGAGCGGGGUGGGAAGGGCGAGUUCGCUUUCCUGGAACCCCGGCGAGCCCGGGCCCUGUCGGUCUCUCCCUUCCCCCAGAAAUGCCCGGCGAAGCCACAGAAACCGUCCCGGCCACGGAGCAGGAAUUGCCGCAGCCUCAGGCGGAGACAGGGUCUGGCACAGAGUCCGACAGCGAUGAAUCCGUACCAGAGCUCGAGGAGCAGGACUCCACACAGGCCACGACACAGCAGGCACAGCUCGCAGCAGCGGCCGAAAUAGAUGAAGAACCCGUCAGCAAAGCAAAACAGAGCCGGAGCGAGAAGAAAGCUCGGAAGGCAAUGUCCAAGCUGGGCCUUCGCCAGGUGACAGGAGUCACCAGAGUCACCAUCCGGAAAUCCAAGAACAUUCUCUUUGUCAUCACAAAGCCAGAYGUGUACAAGAGCCCGGCGUCAGACACCUACAUUGUCUUUGGCGAGGCCAAGAUCGAAGAUCUGUCCCAGCAGGCUCAGCUGGCUGCUGCCGAAAAGUUCAAAGUGCAAGGAGAACCCGUUUCCAACAUCCAGGAAAACACACAGACCCCCACGGUGCAGGAGGAGAGCGAGGAAGAGGAGGUUGAUGAAACCGGUGUGGAGGUGAAAGACAUCGAGCUGGUGAUGUCCCAGGCAAACGUGUCACGGGCAAAGGCCGUGCGAGCCCUCAAGAACAACAGUAACGACAUUGUAAACGCGAUAAUGGAGCUGACGAUGUAGCCGCCGGAGGGAGGAGCCUUUUUUGGUGUUUCAGAGAAGAAUAAAAUACGACUAAAAAUUUAAAAUUUGUACUAUUUCUAUCGGUUAAUAAAGUUGUGGCUUAUUGUUGGUGAAA